UUUCUGGAAAAAGAUUUGAGGACAUUACCUUGGUGACGCCUGAGGCUGACCACGUCUAGAGACCCGCUUGUCUCUGGUCAAACAGCCACUAACAACGAACGUAGGAGCGCGGCGUUCCGUGAUCGAUCAGUCGCGCCGGUAAAUCUCUUGUAUCACAAUCCUGUCGGAGAACUUCGAACCAUUUAAGCACCAAAAUUCUGCAUUUCUAUCGUUUUCAUUUCAUGGACAGCAUCUCUUCGUCAUCAAUGGCUAAUGUUAAUGAUGAUAGCAAUCAUGUAAUGGACGUCCCGCCAAUGCCAUCCCCCCCAACGCAGUCUCCUCCCAUUCCUCUCCAUUUAUGCGGGUUUCUCACCGGCGACACCGUUCAAGUCCAAGGCGACACCGGCGAGUUGCAGUUCUCCCUUCAGCUCCACGUCCAUAAAAAGGAAAAUCGUCCCGGGGACCGUCCUGACGCAAACGUCGCGGAAAUUGGUCGGGAUUCCGUCCAACCGUCGACAUCUUUGUCGUACUUGACUCCUACUUCAACUCCGGAGGAUCAAGGACGCAAUGCGGAUAUAAAUGCAGUGACUGUGAGUGAAGAAUCUUGGUCGAGAGGUGAGGUUGUGACGAGGUUGAGGAGUGGGGUUCUGUCUCCUGUGAAGUAUUACCGUACCGGAACUUAUGGUGCUUCAGGAAGCAGUUUGGUUUCCAAAAAAAGAAGUAAGGGUAGAGGGAAGGGAGACAAUGUGUUCGAGAAAAUGCUCAAGAGACGGAGUUCUCCGUUGAGGCCGUGCAAUGCCUAUGCUUUCUUCCUGAUGGCCAACUGGGCUGUGGUCAAGCGCUCCUCAUUUGCAGAAACGAGCAAGAAAUUGAGCAAGAAGUGGUACAAACUCUCUCAACAAGUAAAGAAGGAGUACGAAGACAUGGCUUUGAAGGACAAUGCAAGAUAUAAGAGGCAACGUUUGCUACUAAAGAACGACAUUGAGCAAGAGACUACCUCAGUAGUCAGUACUGCUUCCGGACACCGAGUAAGGUCAUAAAACCUUGCGUAUCAUUCAUAUUUAUGUUGUUUUCACUGAUCUUAGCUUUCUCGUGUAGAAACUAAAUUGAUUCUAAACAUCUUGCGUUACAUAUAUGCAAAUGGUCAAGUGUAUGCACAAAAUAAUAUCAACAUGACUUAGGAAAGAAUGUUACAGAUUAUAUUUUACAUGCAGUAUAAAUAUUACUUCACAUACAGAGGUGGCGUAAAUUUUGUAAGUGUGGUGUAAACGAAAAUUGGCAAUGUAUUAAACAACCUUGAUCUCAACACGAAAUUUUCUAACUUAGAUCGUGUUUGGCCGAGUCUUAAGAAACCUUCUGUCUAGCUCUGCACACCAGAAUAGAUGGCUGAUGAUUACAUUAAAUAUAAAUAAAGGGAAUCUUUAGUUAUCAGUUAAGAUCUAAUCAGAUAAGGGGAAUUUUUUAACCGGUCCCGCAAGUAAGGCUAGAUUUCUUUUCUAGCUCAUUCACUCGGACAUUCGAUCACAGAAUCCAUUGACAACGGAUUUCACUACCAUUCCCAUUUUCGGGCAACUUUGACGCUCUCCUUUACCACUGCAUGACUAGAUCACACAGACAGACAAAAAGAAAAAAAAAUAAA